AUGCCUAUCUCGGGGCCACUUGCGAAAGCUGAGGCGGAGAAUUUUGCUGAAGAACUUGGUAUAACUUCUUUUAAAGCAUCAGAAGGAUGGCUCGGAAAAUUCAAGCAACGUCAUCAUAUAGACUAUGGUAAAAUAAGUGGCGAAGCACGAAGUGUUGAUACGAAUGUGACUCAUGAUUGGAUUACUAGAGUGUGGUCAAAAUUCAUAGAAAAAUACGCGCCAAGUGACAUUUUCAAUGCUGAUGAAGCAGGAAUUUUCUAUAAGUUGACUCCAGAUAAAACUCUGAAGUUCAAAGGGGAAAUGUGUGUAGGAGGAAAGCUUUCCAAGGAACGUAUUACGGUGCUUGUGGCUGCUAAUAUGGAUGGCACAGAAGAAAAAGGCUAA